AUGAGUUAAGUGUCUCAAAGAUAAAGAAGUCCUUCUCCUUAAUCCCCAGAAAAGGUUGCUUAAAGAGAGAAAGCAGCUUAAGCAAUGAAAAGACGUAAUUAAACAUAGCCAAGCUUUUUUGAAAAAUAUGCUUACCAUUUGGUUAUAGGAGCAUUUGGAUUUGUAUGUGUUUAUGCUUUGUUUUCCAUAUUGACAAGAUCAAGCAAGAAAUUAACAACAGCUCCUG